CCCACGCACGGAUUUUAUCUGCGGCCGGUACACUUUGGCAACACUUCUGUGCACACCGUUCGAGGAAGGUGAAGCCUGGAGGAUAGCGGCGUGUCGGCAUAAAGACAUCGUGUACAUCCGUGGCAUUCCUAUGAAUGAAGGAGUUGAGCAGUCCCUCAGUGAAAGUCGCGACCGGUAUCGGGAUCGCCUGCGCUACUGGAGCCAGAAGUUCCAGCUCAUCAUGACCACGGACGAAGCCGGAGCUGCUGCCCCCAAGGAAAAUGAAGUCGUCACGGAAGGCGAUGCAUACAACGUCGUCCUCCGCGGUCAGCUGGGAUCGCACUCUAUCGUGCUAGGAGCACAAAUGAAAGCGGUGAACCCUAGUGUUCCAUGCGAGCCAGGUUCCACGGCUGGAUACGUGGAGUUCAAGACAUGUCGCGACAAUUUCAAGAGGUCCCAGCGGUACAAGUUCUACAGGCACACGUUGUUACGCUGGUGGGCCCAGUGCCGCUUGGCUGGCGUUCCGAAGGCGUUUUGCGGUUUUCGGAAGGAAAGUGGAAUCCUGUUUUCCAUCCAGGAGUUCGACGUCAUGAAAAUGCCGGAGAGGGCUACGGGAAAGUGGUCGGAAGACAUAUGCAUGAAAUUCUGCGACCAGCUGCUUUCCUUCAUCAAACGGCAUGUUGAAGAGAAAGAUGGAAGGAACGCCUACCUUUUCGAGUACGUGCCCACUUCGGGCGAAGUUGUCUGCAAGCGCCUGACAGAUCCCGGGAACUUUUACGGGCUGCCAGAUUGGUUCCUGGAGGCUUUCUAAGGUUAUUGAAGUGCCCACAUCAGCUGCUCUUCUAAUCGCACCUCAUGCGAUGAUUUUACGACAGCUGUUCUUCUAAAGACUUUUUUACAAGACAAAGGGUUUGAUAUUUUCUAGGCGCCCGGCAAAACGUUCUACUUGGUGAAGAUGUACGACGGUAGCACAUUGCCCUAUGGAAGAUCCGAGGUAUAUUGUUUACAUCAUGUCAUUCUUGCAAAAUUGUAGCUGUUUUUAAUAAUGUUUCAUAGAGCUCAUGAUUGCAACCUUUAACGUUAAAUGAGAGUGCUCUCUAAAGAUUGAAAUAUUUCAUGUAUUUACACUAAAAGGAAAAUGAAUGCCUACAGAACUCGUAAUAUUCACUGACAAAGAUGCAUAAAAAACAAAACAUUUGUUACACCU